AUGAAUAAGAAAAGUUCAGACAUCGUGAUUGGUAUAGACUUUGGGACUACGUAGGCCUUCUUAAAACCAAAAUCCCAGAAAGAUAUGGACUGUAAUGUUAACCAGAUUUGCAGCUAUUCCGGGGUAUCAUGGGCAUAUCCUGGUAGACGAGAUGUCAGACUCAUCACGAACUGGCCAAAUCCAAAAACAAAGAACACUUCCAACGACAAGGUACCCUCAACUAUCAGCUACUGUAAUGGUCAGGUGGAGCGAUGGGGAUAUUCAAAUCGAGACAAAGACGAAACGUUCAGAUGGUUCAAGAUUUUCCUCGAGCCAAGCCACAAGUACAACGAUGAAGUGAAGGAAGUUAGAGAUGCUAGCAAAUUACUGAAGUCACUGAACAAAUCGCCCAAGGAGGUAGUCGCAGAUUACCUCAAAGUUCUAUGGGAUUACACUAUGGAAGACAUCAAGCAGGAGGUCAAGGAGGAUAAUUGGAAGCGUGAUUAUGCUCUAAAGGUUGUGAUUACGGUACCCGCGAUGUGGAGUGAUGCAGCAAAGGACAAAACCAAGAAAUCCGCUUUGAUGGCUGGACUGCCUGACAACAUCACCAUGAUCACUGAGUCUGAAGCAGCGGCGCUGUCUAUUAUCAGGGACAAAGCAGAUGAAGAGUCGCUCGGAGUAAGUUUCUCCCUCACAUCCCAGCCCCCGAGAACUUGGAACCAGGCUCGAUUUACUGACCACUCAUUAGGCUGGUGACACAUUUGUGGUUUGCGAUGCAGGGGGUGGAACUGUAGACUUGAUCAGCUACACGAUCAACAAGCUUCGCCCACUUGAGAUAAAAGAGACAGUCAAGGGUGAAGGCGGACUUUGUGGAUCUGUCUACCUGAAUAUCAGCUUCCAAAAUUACAUUGAGAUCCUUAUUGGUAAAGAACAGUACGACAUGUUGCCUUUAGAGUCAAAGAGGAAUAUGAUGAUGGAAUUUGACCAGACAAUCAAGCGCAUCUUCAAUGAGAAGAGUGACGAAGUACAUACUAUUGAUUUGUUUGGAGUGGAAGACGAUCCUAACAACGACAUUGAUGACAAUACAAUUGUGCUCAAGAAGUGAGUGCAAUAUUCUACACCUCGCGCUCCAUAAUUGACAACAUAGGUCGGCACUUCAAGGAAUCUUCGAUCAUGUAUUCUUGCAAAUCGAGGCAUUGAUAGAAAACCAGGUGACCCAGAUCAAGAAGCAAAACAAACGUGUCGAGGUAUGUAGAUUCUGUUGUUUCAUUCCUUGCACCCAGACAUGUGCUGAAAUUAUACAAGGCUAUCUUGCUAGUCGGUGGAUUUGGUGAGAGCAGAUACCUCCAUGAUCGAGUCAUCAACUGUCACAAGUCAGAUGGGACGCACAUUUUGAGAGUUCAGGGAGCGUAAGUAUUUCGAAGUUCAAGAUGAGUUCUUAAUAUGUGCUUACAAACUCUAGGUGGUCGUCCAUCUGCCGAGGGGCAACUCUGGCAGGUCUAGAGGGAAUUGGUGGUGCACUUGGUCGACCUCCGAAAAUCGUCUCCAGAAUUGCGAGAUACAGCUUCGAGUUUGUAGUCUCAAGGCUUUUCGAUCCAUCUGAGCAUCUCCCGGAAGAUCGCUACCUUUGCGAAUCUGAAGGCGUUUAUAGAGCAAAUAAUCAAAUGAUGUGGAUCCUUGAAAUCGUAAGCUAUAUCUUAACAGUGAGGAGAAAUAUUAAUUUGCGUCAGGGCGAUAAUAUGGAAGAGGGACGAAAGCUUACUCGGGAAAUCUAUCACAGUGUUCAAGUUGGCUUCUGGGACUCAGGUGACAGAAAAUUCUCAACGAAACUGUACUGCUGCGAAGAAGCCAACCCACCUUCUCGGAAGACGAUGAGUAUGAACAAAUGCUGCCAUUUCAAGAGUUACUAGACGCGCUCGCUAACAUGGUUCUAGAUGUUCAUGAAUUGUGCAAUGUAAAUUACAGUGUACCAUGCACGAAACUCUGGCAGGAGCAGUCAUAUCGAGAUCCAAUCACGGGUCGGAAAUCACGGAAUUGUAAUUUUGAGCUGUUUAUUAAUCUGGGAAAAGGGUCUCUAGAUUUCGCUGUCUUGUACCGUGAUGAGAUUUUGGCUGCAGCAGAGGUGGAGUACAAGGAGGAUUUUCAACUAAACGCUUUUUUGAUAGAUGUGGCAAUUAGCCUCCCGAAAAAGAUUGCGUAUAUGUUUAUAGCACAAAGGACAUGA